UGUUUCUGUAUGUGACUUGACACUUCUACAAAUCUGAAACUGCAGUACAAGGUUGUUCGACACAGUUUUUUCUCCGUCGUAGUGUUUAUGUAUUUGGGGAGCGAACAUUCAGACUGUGUUUAACUCCGGACUUGACAGCAGCAUCAUGGCGUCCGGAGGCCCCAUGAUGAACGGUGACAUCUCUCGUUCUACCAGUCAGUCUGGCACGCUGGAGGAAACCCUGCAGCAGAUGAACAACCUCAUCCAGGAGAACCGAGACCUGAAAGAGGCCCUGCGUCAGACCAACCUGAGGAUGAAGGAGCGCUUUGAGUGUCUGUCUGCGUGGCGGGAGAAGCACCGGGAGGAGCGGGACUUCCUGGAAACCAAGCUGGAGGAGGCUCGUGGCCGCAUAGAGGCACUGACCUGCCAAAACGAGGAGCUGAGUAAGAGGCUGGAGGGGGUGGAGAAGGCAGGAGGAGCUCCAGGAGGAUUGCAGGCAACAUCUACCAGUCAGAGUGCAGAGCUGGAUGCCCUGCGUGCCCAGGUUGCUCGCCUGCAGGCAGAGAAGAACGACCUGGUGGCCAUGAACUCUGAGCUCCAGCUGAAGGCAGAGCAGGACUCUCAGGACUCCUUCAUCGAGAUCAUCACGGUCUCGGAUGGAGGUGUCGAUAGUGUGAAUGAUGUGUGCAGUACAGAGCACAGCAAGCGUCUGGACCAGAGCAUGACUGCGUCCCGACUGGACAGCAAGGACGCGACGGUGAGCCAGUUGCUCCAGUCGCUGAGGGACGAGACUCAGCGGGCCGAUCGGCUGCAGGCAGAUCUGCUGGCUUCUGUUGCCAGAAAUAGGGAGCUGGAGGAGAGGAAGAGUAAUGUAGAUGAGUCAACACAAACAACCCAGCCAGAGACUACAAAAGAAGAGGAUUCUGGGAAGGAGGAGAAGGUAACAUCUGAGGUGGAGAAUCUCAAGUCUCAGAUGAUGACACUCUUCAAAGAGCUGCAGCAGGCCCAGAGCAAGCUGGAUGAAGCAGAAGGCAUGAAGAAGAACCUGCAGGACAGAUGCCGAGAGAUGGAGCAGGACGUGGCGACGCUGAAGGCUCAGCUGUUGGAGAAACAGGCCGUUCAGUCGGAGAACGACCGGCUGAAGCUGCAGCUGGACAGCAUGCAGGCCCACAGCCUAAUAGAGCAGAAGAAGGCUGGGGAGGAGAGAAACAACCUGGCUCAGCUGAAGGAUGCCUACACCAAACUGUUUGAAGACUACAAUGAGCUCAAAGAGGAGAAGAAGAAGAGCGAGUCUCAGCUGGUGCAGAAGGAGGUGGCGGAUGAGCUGCAGGUCCGGCUGACCGCUGCCGAAGAGGCCCUGGCUGCAAAACAGAUCAGGAUUGAUGAAAUGAAGCAGGAGAUCUUCCAGAAGGAGAAGGACCUGGAGACCAUAUCUGUGUUCCAGGCUCAGGCGGAGGUCUACUCCUCAGACUUCUAUGCUGAGCGGGCAGCGAGGGAGAAACUCCAUGAAGAGAAGGAGCGUCUGGCUGUCCAGCUGGAGUUUUUAAAGAAGCAGAACUCCCAGCUGCAGGAGGAGAUGGAUUCACUGGGCCGGCAGUCACUGAACGAGAUGCAGAGAAGACACGUGUCCCUGGGAGGAAGUGCACAUGGAGCGGGUGCAGCUCUAGUUGGAAGAGGUACUGACUGGCAGCAUCAGGGACACAUUCCUGAACACGCCUGUCCCAAGUGCGGCACAGUUCUGCCAGACCUGGACUCCCUGCAGAUCCACAUCAUGGACUGCAUCAUCUAGACCUCCACCAUUAUAAGCAUCUACAAUGACAGCAGCAACAAUCGCACCUUAAUCUGAGUCUUCCUCUGCUUUGACCCGUACCUCUUCUCUGAUCCCCUACAUUAGUAAUAUUCACUAUAGGAUGGGAACACUUUGCUGCUUCUGUCACAAUUUAAGUGGGUGGAUUUCAGAGCUGCAUCAAUGGUGACUGCACAGGAUAUGUCAUGGAAACAUGGAAAUGAGAGCAAAAAGAAUGUGUCAUCUCGAGCCUGUAACAUAUUUAUUAUAAAUAUAAUAUAUAAUUACUCAAAAACAUUUGGAAUAGUAUAGAAAUAAUAUAGGACAAAUCCUCUUGUACGUUUUGGGUAAAUGGCGUCUGGCACAUUGUCUGUUUGUUGCUGUGAUGAAUGAAAACAAGAUGAAGAUUAAAUUCCUCAAGGCAAAACAACUUCAAAACUGCAUGAGCCCUUUGACAAGAUUUCAGUUUGGUGCUGUCUGCCUGUCACGCACACGUUAAAUAAUCAACCAAAGUUGAGACUUUACCAGUUGUAUUUAUAUUUACCAAUGUGGUUGCUGAGGGUGUUUUUAAAAGUUUUUUUGAAGGUUUCUUCAUCAAAUUAAAAUGAAUUUCUUUAUAGAUUUUUUUGCUUGGAAAGGAUAUUUUAGCUAAUUAUUAGGUUUUUGGGGUUGGUGUAAAAAGGAGCAUUCACCAUGCAGGCACUUUAAAAUGAAGAUAUAUAUUUUGACUCUGCAGAUGAUAUCUAGUAAUUAUAACUCACGAUAUUUAACUUGUUAAUCAACAUAUAACUGUAAGCAGCAGCCUUUGUAUGUUGUAUGUAUGUGCAGGAGGCUCCACCAUCCUGCUGAAUUUUCCUUCAAACGCUGAUAUUAAAAAAAAUGUAGAUAUAAAAAAGAG